GGGUAAAAUGUCCUUCCUUCUUUCAUUAUAAUUUUCAACCGUUCAUCUUUGCCAGCGUUCACACGACUGUUUGGUUCACCAUGAGGGAGUUUGGCCUUAUUUUGUUCAUUUUUGCUCUUUAUCACAACAUUCAGGCCCAGACUGGGAAACCGGAUGUCUGCAGAAUGGAGCCUGAAACAGGUGAUGAAUCGGGAGCUGAAGUUGUGAUUUACAUGUACUAUGAUCAGACUAAAGACAACUGUUUCCCUUUCCGUUACAAUGGAUUGGGUGGGAAUGGAAACCGCUUUAGAACUGAGAAACAGUGCAUGAGAAACUGUUCUGCUAGAGCUUCAGAACUGUUCCCAAUGGAUGAAACUCAGGCUUGCACCCUUCCUAAAAAACCAGGCGAAUGUCUUGGUUACUACAUAAGAUAUUACUACAGCCCUGAACAUCACACAUGCAAGUCUUUCUACUGGUCUGGCUGUGUAGGCAAUGGAAAUCGCUUCCUCACAUUUAGUGACUGUAAUGCUACAUGUUACAGGGCGGCAGACGCAGGCCUUGAGGAUCAUUCAGAUGAAACCGAUGUACCAGUCGGACUUAUCUUGGGUGUUGUCCUGGGCCUUAUUGGUGCUAUCAUUCUCAUUGUGGUGAUUGUCUUUGCUGUCAAGGAGAAGCCUAGCUCAAAAAAGCGUGAGAAAAAAGGAAAAGACAAGUCAUCAGAUCAACCUUUAAAAGAAGAGAGAGUCGAAAUGGCUGGAGGAGACGUACAGUCAAGUCCGACACCAUAAUAGAUCAUUAGUGGAUUUUUUAUUUUAAUUCCUUAACCUUUACAAAUUUUACACCACAAAUGUGCAUUAUGGAGUAAACACUGGCCAAUUGUUAUUAACCAAAUACUCGACCAUAAAAGGUUGACUAUGUUCAGGGAAUGAUAAGGUUCAUAUACUCUCACUUGUACUUUAUGCUUGUAUCUGCUGUAUUUUGAUGUGAUGUAACAUUUGUUUUUAUACUGUAUGUCCUAAAACUUGUCACAAUAAAAAAUAAACUGUUA